AUGGAUACCUAUAACGAUCUGAAACUGGGGCGUGAUGGAGAUCUCCAGCUGGACACAUUUCGACGAGACAAGAACGAUCGCGAGGCUGCGGUGGCGUCGGUGGGCAGUGGCAGCACUGCUUCUGCCGGGUCAGGUCCCAACCUCGACGGCGCAGACGUCGAGGCAAACUCGAAAGCUGGCAGUGGUAGCAAUGACACCGAGGCCUCGUCGUCUUCAGAAAAUGCCCAGGCCGGCGUGAAGAAUAUCGAGGCGGUUGCGAUGACCUGGACCGCGUGGGGGCUCCUCAUAGCAUAUGCGAGUAUCUUCCUCAUGGCUUUCACCGUCUCCUUAGAGGGCCAGGUGGUCCAGUCGCUGUCCGUCUUUGCUACCAGCUCGUUCAAGUCGCACUCCUUGAUCUCGACUGUUUACGUGGUCCAGGGUGUGGUCAAUGCUGUGAUCAAAACCCCCAUGGCCAAGGUCGCAGAUGUAUUCGGCCGUCUCGAAGCCUUCUCAUUCAGCGUCUUCCUCUACGUAAUCGGAUAUAUCCAGAUGGCCGCCUCCAGCAACGUCGAAACCUACGCCGCUGCCCAAAUCUUCUACGCUGCAGGGAAUACGGGCCUGCAGAUCCUACAACAGAUCUUCAUCGCCGAUACCUCCGACCUCCUCAAUCGAGCUCUCUGGUCCAGCUUACCGGACAUGCCGUUUCUCGUCACCGUCUGGGUCGGAUCGAUCAUCGGCAACGAUGUUCUCGCGACCACCACUUGGAGAUGGGGAUACGGGAUGUGGUGUAUCAUCCUGCCUGUCAUGUUCUUGCCCCUGGCUCUCACGUUGUUUCUCAACAAUCGAAAGGCGAAAAGGCUCGGCCUGACUAGCGAGUCGCAGUUCAAGGGAAUGGGCGUUUCGCAGAUUUUGAAGCAUCUCUGGUUCGAACUUGACCUCGGAGGCAUCAUCCUGCUUAGUGCUGCAUUUGCGUUGAUCCUGAUCCCUCUAACUGUUGCCACAAAGGCGGCAGAUGGAUGGAGCAAUCCGAGUAUCAUUGCUAUGCUUGUCAUCGGGGCUGUCUGCUUCGCCGUCUUUCCCUGCUGGGAGAAUGUCAAGAAGCUGGCGCCGCGACCUUUGAUCCCGAUGCACCUGUUCAAGACCUGGACGUUCAGCGCCGGUUGUGGUGUGGGAUUCUUCUACUUCAUGGCAUUCUACCUAUCUGUCCAACCAUACUUCUACUCUUACCUCUUGGUCGUAGAGCACAAAUCAGUCACAGCCGCCGGCCACAUCACCCAGACAUUUUCCUUCACCUCAACAGUAGCCUCGAUCAUCAUCUCCUUCUUAAUCAAAUACACCAAAUACUACAAACCCUACGUCGUUGCAGGCAUCUGCAUGUACAUCACGGGCCUCGGCCUCAUGAUCAAGUACCGGGCCGAGCACGUUUCGACGGGCGCCCUCGUCGGCACGCAGAUCGCCAUCGGCAUCGGCGGUGGCAUGCUCAACGUCCCGGCCCAGCUCGGGGUCCAGGCGAGUACGGAUCACCAGCACGUCGCCGUCGCAACGGCCGUCUACCUCACCUGCGUCGAGCUCGGUGGAGCCGUCGGAUCUGCCAUCUCGGGCGCCGUCUGGGGCCACAACAUCCCGGCCAAGCUCCGCCAAUACCUCCCCGCGUCAGCCCAGGGUCAGGCGGCGGCCAUCUACGACCAGAUCACCGUCGCGCGCUCGUACGCCGUCGGUACCCCCGAGCGUGCGGCCAUCGACCGCGCGUACGACGAGACGAUGCACAUCCUGCUGGUCAUCGCUAUCUGUGCGGCGGUGCCGAUGCUCUUCCUGAGCUUGAUGAUGAGUAAUUACAAGCUGGACGAGCUGAAGCAGAAUGUCAAGGGAAGGGUUAUUGGCGGUGCUGUUCGGGAGAGGGAGGAAGUGGAAGGGGAGGGCGAGGGCGAGGGGGAGGGGGAGGUUGUGAGGCAUGAAGAGGGGGGUGAGAAGAUGGCUGCUGCUGGCUUGGGUGGUGGCUGCUUAAGUUGA